GCGGGAUGGUGGGGAUGUGGGAUGGCAGGACGUGUGGAGUAUGACUUCUUGAUUGUUGAAGUCGUAGCUCCAACUGGGACGACAUAAGAAUUCCUUGCAGAAUCCAACUGUAGGAUAUUGUGGGAAGUCAUAGCUCUUCCAGAAACGCAGCUAAUGCUGGCUUUUGUAACGCAUGUAUUAUAUUAUCACGUAUUCGUGUUUGCGUGCUGAGAGUUUGUUGGGAAAGCAGCUUGCACCUGGGGCCCGCAGAAGCACGAGGACUGAACAUCGCAGCCCUUUUAAAGAGCUUCUGUCACAUGAAAGGUUGAGAGUGUUAGUGACAUGGCGCAAGCCGUUCGCAUUUGCUUGGCGCUACUGCCCUUCGCAAGUGCUUCUUGCAUUCUCGGAUCAAGAGAUGAGUGUGGUGGAAAUGGAGUUUGCGUCUCUGACAGCUUUUUCGACAACGACCCCUUUUUCAACCAAUGUGAGUGUGACUUCUGUUGGAGUGGCGCGGGAAGUUGCGAUCAGAACAUUUGCAUCUUCCUCAUGAUCCCCGUGGUCUUUGUUGUUUGCAUUUGCUGUGCCUUCUGCAUCUGCUGUUGUUGCAUCGGCGGCACCAUGCGGACCAUGUGGAAGACCCAACCACAGGCCGUGCCGCCGGUGGUGGUUGGACCCGCCGCAUAUGUGGAUCCGACUCCGCCGUCCAUGGUGGUGGUGGAAGCGAAGGUGGUCGAGCCAGCAGCCCCUGUCGUGGUAGGAGCCACUGCGGUGAACGAAACCAAUGCCGCCUAGAGACACGGAGGGCGUGUGGGGCCAAGCCAAUGCCGCCUAGAGACACGGAGGGUGUGGGGGGGGGCCAAGGUGGUUUGCCCAUGUUUGCCCUAGAGACACGGAGGGUGGAUAGCCUUUGAGGCCGUUGUAUAGUCAGCAUAGUGGCCUCCAAUACAUAAAAGAG